CUAAAUUAUACAUCCGAGUCCCAUUUUUACACUUUUCUUAAAUUUUUCUCAUUUUUUUUGAGAGGUAGGAGGUGUUUACCUCCUCUUCUCUUGUGUUGUGAGUGCUCUAACUUGGUCAAAGAGAUUCAAAUCCGUUCUUCUUUCAUCGUCUCUCUGAAAACCAUCGAUUCUGACCAAUACAAUGGAAGUCGGCGGCGAGCCCAUUAGAGUUCAGAGCCUUGCCCAAGCCGGUCUAACCCAAGUUCCUCUCCAAUACGUUCAACCACCACAGCACCGACCUAUACAUUCAUCUUCAUCUCCGCCGAUCACAAUUCCAGUUAUCGACUUAUUCGGCUCGGACCCGGCCCAAAGAGACUUGGUCCGGGCCGCUAUUGGGCGGGCCUGCAACGACUGGGGAGCCUUCCACGUCAUCGGCCAUGGAAUCUCUACCGAUUUGCUCCGGCGCGUGAAGCGCGUCGGACUCACCUUCUUCAACGACUGCCCCGUUGCCGAUAAGGUCCGGUACGCGUGCGAUCCAACCUCCUCGGCCACGGAGGGGUAUGGAAGCCGAAUGUUGGAGCGAGACGACACCGUUUUGGACUGGAGGGACUACUUUGAUCACCACACACUUCCCCUAUCUCGACGGAACCCUUCCCGUUGGCCUCACUUUCCAGCCGAUUACCGCUCGACGAUGGCAGAGUACAGCGAUCGAACGGGGUCAUUGGCGAGCGAGCUGCUUGAGUUGAUUUCGGAGAGUCUAGGACUUCCGUCGAGGUGUAUUGAAGACGCAGUGGGAGAAUUCUACCAGAAUAUUACGAUUAGUUAUUACCCGCCGUGUCCUCAGCCGGAGCUGACUUUGGGUUUGCAAGAGCAUUCAGAUAUGGGGGCGAUUACUUUGCUGGUUCAAGAUGAGGUUGGUGGGCUUGAGGUUCUAAAAGAUGGACAAUGGGUUAAGGUGCAGCCUUUGGAUGAUGAUGCCAUUCUCGUUCUUUUGGCUGACCAAACUGAGAUAAUCACCAAUGGAAAGUACAAAAGUGCUCAACAUAGGGCCAUUACAAAUGCCCAUCGAGCACGACUGUCAGUUGCUACAUUCCAUGAUCCAGCCAAAGCAGUAAAGAUAUCCCCUGCUUCUCAACUUCUCAGCAAGUCUUCUCCACCUAGGUUUCGGGGUGUUGUUUAUGGCGAUUAUGUGUCGUCAUGGUAUACAAAGGGCCCUGAAGGAAAACGAAACAUUGAUGCUCUUCUUCUUGAAUCUUGAUUUUUGGAUUUGAAGUAGCCUCAAUCCCUUCUUUUGCCCCUUACUUUUUAGUCCUUAUACUACAUUCUGUGUAUGAUGAAAACUAGAAAAUGAAAUAAAAGUUUCUCCCAUGUUCAUAAUCAUCAUUUUGCAAUAAAAUAUGUCUUCUUGUUAUCCUA